GAUAUGCUGGAAAGCGUCGAAGAAAACCACUUCGUUCAGUACAUCCCCAUAGCUAUCACAGUCCUCGUGCGAUCACCCGUCUCGUGGUCCGAAGACAACAAGAUCGCCGUCGUGACUCAGCUCGGGACCUACGUUUUCGGGAAGUGAAGCCAGACUGGGGCCCACAUCUGCUGAGACAAUAACACCACUGGCGUUUAAAUCUCGGUGAAAAGUGAAGUGAUUUUUAACAGUUUAAUUAGAAAUCCUUACAGUUAUUGGUGGUUAUAUUGGUGAUUGAUAACAGUUUGGAAAAUAACGCGUUUGGUACCAAUUAAGUGUGGAUUAGAACGCGUAUAUUACCAGUUAAAGUGCGAAACAUAACACGUACAGUAUUUGUUGUUGAAACUGUGGGUAAUUGGCGAUUAAAGUUAUACUGUAAUUGGUGAUUUAAAUCGGUGUGUCGUUAAGAAUACCACGAAGGAUGAUAUGCCCUUGUUACUCUGAGUUUUCGAAGAGGAAAUUGUAUCACUAAAUCUGGACAAAAGUGUAUCGGACAUAAUUCUAUACCGGACAAAAUUCUGUAUCGGACAUAAUUCUAUACCGGACAAAAUUCUGUAUCGGACAUAAUUCUAUACCGGACAAAAUUCUGUAUCGGACAUAAUUCUAUACCAGACAAAAUUCUGUAUCGGACAUAAUUCUAUACCGGACAAAAUUCUGUAUCGGACAUAAUUCUAUACCGGACAAAAUUGUGUACGGUUUAGUCCGAGUGACGCGACCGGUAACCAAGAUGGGAGCGUGUAGACAAAAGUCGCUCUGUCGGGUAUUGUUUUUGUUUGUGGUUCUCUCGCCGUCGAGCGGAGUAAACAUCACUAAUAUGGUGUUUGGGGGAGAGACCAAUUACCUCCCGGCGGCCUUCGGAGACUUCAAUUCGGACAAGUUGAAUAUUCCAUUGAUUCUGGGAGACGAAUCAAAAUUACCCGAACUCGCUGAGCCCGACCCGGAGACCGGCCCGGUGUGUUCGUACUCCUCGCUCCGGAUCAAGAGCAUCAUGCCCGGAGACUUCGACGGCAACGGGGCCAUGGACGUCCUGCUGGUCUCCUACAACAAGGAACUGUCUCCGCACUACCAGGUGUUCCUCCUCUGGGGUAACCACAACAUGAGCCUGGACUGUGGGUCAGAGCUACACCCUCUCCUCAACAUCACGGGUCAUCCUCUGGUCAUGGACGUCAACGGGGACAUGAUCCCCGACUUGUUCGGCGAGGACGCCGCCAAGAACAGAACCUUCUGGAUAUUUAACUCCGAGCGGGAGCCUCCCACGGCGGUGCCGAUGGUCGCACGCAACGGCACUCUGCCUCGACUCAAACGCCCGAGUUCCCACGCCUUCAUCGACCUCAACGACGACCUGGCGGCCGACCUCUGGAUCACCGCCGAGGGCAGUUUCGAGAUCUCCAGCUCGACCAAUGGCGUUUAUGCAGUGGACGAGUCCAUACGGCCCCCGGACGAGUUGAAGGUCAUCGGCCAGACCUCAUUUGCCGACGUGGAUUUGGACGGGCACAUCGAGGCGAUAAUCCCGGCCUGUAAAGAGAAGACCUGUUUGGGCAGCUCGACCGUGUUCGUCUACGACUUCGGCAGCGACUCUCCGUGGAAGGAACUGGACGUGAACUUCGUGGACCCGUCCGGCACCACCUGGGGCUACCCGUCCAAGGCCGACCCCAAGUACAGGUUCACCGACACCAUCACCCCGCGCGUCGGAGACUUCAACCUGGACGGCUACCCGGACUUCCUCGUCACCCUCCUCGACGCCGCCGGCAACAUCCAGGUCGUGUUGAUGGAGAACGCUGCCAAAGACGGCACCUCGAACUACUCCCGCAAGUUUGUGCCCAAGUGGGAUCUAUUCAAGGCCUUCGGCAACACCGUCUUGGGCACUUUCUGCGACUUCCAGGAGGACGGAACGCUGGACGUCCUCCUGGUGUGCAAGGCGGACGACGGCAAGUACUACCUCAACGUGUACAAGGAUGCCAUCGAGUAUGACGCCGUGUUUGUUAAGGUUCUAAUACCGACUGGCAGGUGCUACGGGGAGAAAUGCCAGCUGAAACAGAUCCCCUAUGGCACAAACCAGCCCGGCCCGUCGAUAUCGUACUCCAUCACCACGGCCACCGGCACCACCCAAAGCUCGAGGGCCACCCAGCUCUCCCAGACGGCCCACCACGCCCUACAGCUCCCAUACACGGUCUUCGGCCUCGGUCGCAACUGGAACUUCGUCGAGGUAAUGGAAGUCGGGAUCCCGAAAGGCAAUAUAUCCGACACCUUGAAGAGCAGUUUCACUCAGAUCAUCCCUAACUCGCAGCUGAUCGUCAUACCUUACCCCAUGGACGAGCCGAACAGCUGGGUUAGCAAGCUCUUCAUCACCCCAAGCAAGGCCAUGUUGAUGACAGCCGGGGCGCUCGUAGGGACGUGUCUCUUCGUGGCGGUCAUCAUUGGUAUACUUCACCGUCGAGAGAAACAGCAGGACAAGAGAGAGAAGCAGCAAGAGGCUCAUAAGUUCCAUUUUGAUGCUAUGUAGUUCCUCUUCAGUUAAUGCUAUGUAGAUCUUCUUCAGUAAAUACUUUGAUUCUUGUUCAGUAAAUGCUCUGUAGAUCUUCAGUAAAUAUUAUGUUAUUUUUCUUCAGUAAAUACUAUGUAGUUCUUCAGUUAAUGCUCUGUAGUUCUUCAGUAAAUGCUAUGUAAUUCUUCUUCAUUAAAUGCUUUGAUUCUUGUUCAGUAAAUGCUAUGUAGAUCUUCUUCAGUUAAUGCUAUGUAGAUCUUCUUCAGUUAAUGCUGUGUAGUUCUUCAGUAAAUGCUUUGAUUCUUGUUCAGUAAAUGUUAUGUUGUUCUUGUUCAGUAAAUGCUAAUUCUUGUUCCGUAAAUGCUCUGUUGUUCUUGUUCAUUAAAUGCUAUGUAAUUUUUGUUCAAUCAUUGCUAUGUAUUUACUGUCAAAUGAGGAUAAAUUAUCCACUUCAGGCAGUAUCCGAGUAACCAAUACCCGACUUACGAAAUUACUAAUACCUGCACUUAGGAAAAUCCGGAACGCAAAUCCCAUAAUUUACGCAACUUUCAUCACUCUGUUGUUUUACGUCGCUUUGUUUACAGAUCGAUUUACAAAGAGUAGAGUAAUCCGUCGGUUACUCAGAGAUUUGGUUACUCGGAAAUUUGGUUACUCGGAGAUUUGGUUACUCGGAGAUUUGGUUACUCGAAGAUUUGGUUACUCGGAAAUUUGGUUACUCGGAGAUUGUCUUUACAUACAGUGUGUCACAGAAGAUAUAUCACCUGAACAUUAGACACCCCAGAUUAUUUCCGCUGACGAUCGACCACCCUAUGGGGUUAGAUUAGGAUGGGGGGGGGUAAUCUUCAGGUGAUCUUCUUUUCAAUAUGUAUGUUACUAUUGUAGCGAAACCUCUUUUAAGGGACUGUAUAGAGAUGAUAGUCCAUUAUAUCGAGGGUCUGUUAGAUGUAAAACCUCCAUAUAACAAACUAUAUAGAGAUUAAAGUCCAUUAUAUCAAGGUUCUGUUAGAUGUGAAACCUCCAUAUAAUGAACUAUAUAGAGAUGAAAGUCCAUUAUAU